UCGGUGCGCGACCAUCUUGUCAAAACUAAACUCAGUGACAACAAAUAAAUAUUGUAAAAUGCCCUAAAUCGCCUGUAUUAACAUAAGAUUUACUUUGUAUUUUAUAAAGUAAAGUGUUUAUUUCGCGUUGGUGUUGUUUUCGACACAGUUACUAUACAUUUUACUCAAUAUUUUCGGGUUUGUGUUGCGUCAAAUGACGUCAUGUAUGUGAUUAUUAAACACGUAUCGCGGCUGACGAGUUCAUAGUGAAGCAUGCAUGAACAGGACGACGAAGGUAAGCCGGCGCAUCACGCGCGUCGGCCCAUGAAUGCCUUUCUUAUAUUCUGCAAACGUCACAGGAGUGUCGUGCGCGAUAAAUAUCCUAGUCUAGAAAACAGAUCUAUCACAAAAAUAUUGGGAGAAUGGUGGGCUAACUUGGACGAGGAAGAGAAAUCUUGUUAUACAGGUCUUGCUAAACAGUACAAAGACGCCUUCUUCAGUGCCAAUCCGAACUUUAAAUGGUAUAAGUUACCCGCACCACCUCUCCGCACUCUUUCUUCACGGCCGAGAGAAUCAAACGACAAGCAAAAUGAGUUUCCCAACAGUGACUAUCACGAAAGUGAACUUGAAAAAACAAACAACAACUCCACUAAAGUUGAUUUAAAUAAGAAAGACAAUGACCAUGCAUACGCAGAUAUUCAUAAACCUUUAUCAAUGUUUACACCUGGCAAAUUAGCAGACGAAGCCCAAAUGGGAGGCUUAAGUAGUCUCCUGGCCACUAAGACUGAAACCCAAACUUCAAACCCUUAUUACUCGCCUCCCUGCCUUAAAUAUAAUGCGAUCUCAAUCCCAAACGAAUACAGAUCUCAUAGCAUAUUAGAAAGAUCAAAAGUUAGGGGUCUCUCUAAAGAAGACAGUAUACGUGAACUUCAGAAUGCACUUACUGAAACGAGUAAGAUAUUUGAAGAAGAUUUUGAUGAAGAAAAAGGGAGAAUAUACCGCUACAGUGGUAUUCCAAGCGAUCAGUUUACUAACCAAGAUGUGAUAGACCAAAUAGUUGAUAAGAGAUAUUCUAAAGAUGAUGAUGGAUAUUUGAGGAACUGGUCGGACGACGAGAGGAAUCCUAGAUCUGGAAGGUCUUGUAAAGGAAAAAGAUACCAGGAGUUUAUGGCUGUUGGAGGACUGAUAGUAAAUAAGAGACAGAAAAGGGAGAAUUCAGAUAAAAUAUUAGACGAAGACUACAGUGCGUCCUGCAGUUGGGAAACUGGUAUUUCACGUAGCGAAGAAUCAACUGUUGCCGACGAUUCGAAACAAGACGAUUCAAUAAACGAGGCGUCCGUUGAAAACGAAAUCAAGAACGAUAUUACUGACGCACCAGAAUCAGACAAUAACACAAACAAAACAUUCAAGGCUGCCGACUUCGAUUUAGAUGCUAAAAUUAGAGCUUUACCCUCACUUAGUUUAGAAAAAUUUCAACAGAAGAAGCGGGAAAAUAAACGCAAAAAGAAAACUAUUAAUCUGAAACCAAAAGUUCUCGAAACCGAUCGUAUUAUCAAUUCAGUUCCCAGACCAAUUGUAGAUGAAAAACGGAAUAUCGAACGGGAACAUUGGCGAGAACAAAUCGUCGGUAGUCAAAAACGAAAGCCAAGAAAAGUUAGCAUUACAAGACUGGAUUUCAACUCAAUGGUUUCUAGCGUGGAUUUCAGAGAAGUCCAUAAAAUAAGUCCCGACAUCAAAAUAGCCACCGAAGCCCCUCCUACAGUCGUUCAAAAUAUGGAGAUAUGUAAACAGCCUCCUUGUCAUGUGGACUUACUGGCACUGGCAACAUUGGCCGAAGUGGCGGCUAACAAGUCCAAAAUUGAAGGUUCAUCAAUUACGGAGACCAUAACCGCCAAAGCGAGCGAUGAAAACGCUUCCAAGGUAUAAAAUACCUACAUAACUAGCCUUAAAAGAUAUUCCAAAAAUUAUUUACUUUAUAAUCAGAUAUUUAUAUUAUAUAUAUAUAUAUAUUAUAGCUCUACUUUUACAUAGUAUGCAUAAAGAUUAUUAUUGUACACUUAAUUGUAGGUUUUAUAACAUAGAAAUAGAUUUUAUUUAUAUGAAAAUAGAGAUAUAUGUAUACUUAUUUUAGUUUGUCGAUAAUAGGCUGCUACAUUCUGCUUCGAUAGUGUUAGAGAAAUAUAUGUGACCUAAUGUUAACAUCACACAAAUAACAUCAAGGCAUAAUGUAAUUUACGUGUAUAAAAUACAAAAGAUAAUUUACAUUUGGACCCAUAAUAAUUUUCAUUUCUAAAGAUUUUGAACAUGUACCAUCACAAAGAAGGUAUUGUUAUGAAAUGUCAAACAUGAGUCAUAAUUUAUGUAAAAUUUUUAACCUCAUUUUGUAUAAGGAUAGUUUAUUUAAUCGCCUUAAUACUUAGAUUAAAAAUCAGAACCAAGACACCAUGUGCAUAGACUGCAUUGCAUUUUUAAGGUGAUUUGUUUUGUUCUUAUUACAUAGCGUGUUAGUAUACAAUUAUCUUUUGUAUGUACGUUUUAUAUAUAUCGUGACAUUCGUCACUUGUUUGGUACCUUAAGUUCACACAACAACACUAUUUAAUGGGUUAUUUUACCAAUUUUAAAUGUAUGAUUUAAUUUAACAGUAGCUACCUAGUGCCUUUAUGGCGGAAAUGAAGUGUUUUUGUGUGUAACUACGAAUUUAUAGGUAAUUAAUUGAUAAAACAAAAUGUUCAGAAAAUUGUUAUUAAUUUACGCAAAAUAAAAAUAUUCUUUAUAGAUGUUAGAUAACAGAGGCAAUUAUAUAUAAAAAUACAACCUUGUGAAACUCGUAAUUCGUUAUGAAUGAUAAUCCCUCCAGUAAUUCGGUUGGGAUAUUGUCAAUUUUAUAAUUUAGUUAUUGAUUUUAGUAAUUGCUUAUCAUGUUCACUGUCAUAUAUAAAUGUUUUUCAAAGUUUUAACAAAGCAUAUGCUUUUUUAUUUAGUGUAAUUAAUUGUUCACUAUUUGGAUUAUGGAAUAAUAAUCUUGUCCCCAUUAGGUACCUGAGAUUAAAUUAUUUUUGGUCUUGUCCACACCAUACAGUCAUAAAAUCGGUAAAAAAUAAAAAAAAGUAAUCACUUCAGUUACACCAUAUUCAUAUAUGUGUUGUUUUUGGAACAGUGUUUCUCAAAUAUUGUUUUUAUUUAUUUGUGAUGAAUUUUAAGGAUUUCUGUGAUUUUAUUCUAUCUCCUAUUGUAAGGUACAUGAUGGUAAAGCUUUCGUUGCAGGUCUAGUCUAGAGUUAGUGUUAAAAUAAAAUGAUACAAGUACUAAAUUCGAAAGUGCACUUAUAUAUUUUAUAAUCACAAAUGAUGACACAAGCCAUAAUGUGACAUGCUCAUCCAAAGACCAAAUGUAUUUAGAUUAGGGAAGCUAGGCUGUAGAUAUUGAUAUGUAAUAUUUAAGAUUUAGUAUGUAUAUAUAACACGGGCUAUUGUUAUCGCAUUCCAUGAAGUCGAAAUUGUAAAAAAAUAUGUUAAUACAAUUUUGUUGCUUAUUUGUUUUAAAAUUUGUUCUAUACAACAAAGAUUUUAAUGAAAUUGUUAAUUGUUUUUAUAAAAAAAGAUUUAUUAUCGUUACGUUUUUAAUAGGUACAUGUGGUGAGCUUUUGGCGGUUCCUAAAUCAUGAACUGAUGAGCUGUACUGGCCUUUGUAAUAUCACUGCAAUUAUUAAUAACCUUAUCAGAAAUAUUUUUUGCCUUGUUGAUAAAAAAGCCUUAUAUUAUUCACUUUAGAUUAAGAAAACUAUAAAAGGGGGCCAGAAUGUCUGGAAGAGAUAACGAAUAUGUCAAACGAAUUGCAGGCGCAUUAUUGGGCCUUUAAAAAUGAGAAUGGAUUUUAUUAGGUUUACUUGAUUGUACUGCGGUACACUUGAUUUUUACAAUGUUUUUAAACCUAUAAAAUCUAUUAUCAGUAAAUUAUGGUGCUGGAAGAUCUGUAUUGUUAUAAGAAUGUUUACCAUUGCUACUGUUACUUCUUUCCUAGCAAUGGACGGUAGUCAAUAUAAAUAUCAUAAAAUAAAUAUUAAAUAUAAGCUAUCGGUAUCUUUUUGUGCUGUGAAAUUAUAUACAUAGGAAAAGUUUGGUUUUCAAUAUACCUAUUACUUUACAGCACAAAUGGAUAAAUAUAUUUAUUUAUAUGGGUAGGAUGAAAUAUACGCCGUUUGAGAAACACUGGUCUUCUAUAUUAAUUAGGGCAUAAUAAGUCGGCACCCAAAGUGUUUACCUAUUUGUUUCCAAAGUAUAUUGUUGAAUGUUUUGUUAUAUACGAGCGCGGUUUUAAUCAAUAUCCUUUUAUUGUAGAAAUA